GCCGUGGCGCUCAAAAUCUCCGAAAUCUGCCGCGCUCUGUGAAACAAGUAAAAGAUCGACUCUUGGCCCCGAAAUUCCCAAAAUGCCCUCGAACCACUCGGACUCCGACACCGACUCCGACCAGAGCCAAUCCGGCUCCGGACCGGUUCGCCACUCGGAUCUCUCCGACUCCAUUUUCCGAACCUACUUGGAAUUCACAGGAAAAUCAACAGCGACCACCGCCGACCUCUCCAAGAUCCAAUCUUUCCUGACGUCAUCGUCCUCCGGCGCUCUGUCAUGCCUGAUAUGCCUGGAGCGGAUCCGGCCCGCCGACCCGACCUGGUCCUGCACCUCCGUCUGUUUCUCCGUCUUCCACCUGAUCUGCAUCCAGAGCUGGGCGCGCCAGGCAUCCGAUUUGUCCGCCUUGCGGGCCUCCAUGCGCCUCCCCAUUUCCGCCCAGAAAGCCGCCGAGGUAUCAGUCUGGAACUGCCCCAAAUGUAGGAUAGAGUACCCCCAUUCCCAAAUCCCCAAGAAUUAUUACUGCUUCUGUGGAAUGCUCGAGAACCCACCGAGCGAUGACCCGUGGGUUCUGCCGCAUUCGUGCGGCGAGGUCUGCAAUCGGCCGCUGAAGCACGGCUGCGGCCACCAUUGCUUGCUUCUUUGCCACCCGGGUCCCUGCCCGUCCUGCCCGAAGCUCGUAGAAUCUCGGUGCUUUUGUGGGUCUGUGAAGGACGUCCGGCGAUGUGGGUUUAAGCAUUUCUCUUGUAACAAUGCUUGUAAGAAGGUAUUGGCUUGUGGGAUCCACCGGUGUUCGGAGAUUUGCCACCAGGGGCCCUGCUCGCCGUGCCGGGUGCGGGGAGUGUACCGGUGCCAAUGUGGGAAGAAGGAGGAGGAGAAGGAGUGUUGUGAGCGGCUUGAUUUUAGGUGUGAGGAGCCGUGCGAGAAGGUGCUUGGCUGUGGGCAGCAUAAGUGUACCAAAGGGUGUCAUUUGGGGGAGUGCGGGCCGUGCCCGUCCCAGGGCAAGAGGACAUGCCCCUGUGGAAAGAGAAUGCAUGAGGGAUUGUCUUGCAAAGCCUCUGUGCCUUUGUGUGGUUCAACUUGUGAUAAGAUGCUCAGUUGUGGCUACCAUAGGUGCCCGGAGAGGUGUCAUCGUGGGGAGUGCAUUGAGACUUGCAGAACAGUUGUCAUCAAGUCGUGCCGGUGUGGGAGCUUGAAAAAGGAGGUUCCUUGCCAUCAAGAUUUAGCAUGCGAAAGGAAGUGCCAGAGACUAAGGGACUGUGGGCGGCAUGCUUGUAAGCGCCGGUGCUGUGAUGGGGACUGCCCACCGUGCUCAGAGAUUUGUGGAAGAAAGCUACGAUGUAGGAACCACAAGUGCCCAUCUCCAUGCCAUCGAGGUGCUUGUGCUCCGUGCCCAGUGAUGGUGACAAUUACAUGUGCAUGCGGUCAGACACACUUUGAGGUUCCUUGCGGUACUGAGAUGGAUCAAAAGCCUCCCAGAUGUCGUAAGCCAUGCCCUAUUACUCCUUUAUGCAGGCAUGGACCAAAUUCCAAGCCACAUAAGUGCCAUUAUGGAGCCUGCCACCCGUGUAGAUUACUUUGUGAGGAAGAAUACCCAUGUGGCCACAAGUGCAAGCUAAGGUGUCAUGGUCCUAAACCUCCUCCGAAUCCGGAAUUUACGUUGAAACCUAAGAAGAAGAAGUCCUUUCAUCAGAGUGAAUCUACUCCAGGAUCUCCAUGCCCUCCAUGCCCAGAACUUGUUUGGAGGUCAUGUGUUGGCCAGCACAUUGGAGCAGAUAAAAUGAUGGUCUGCUCAGAUAACACACUAUUUUCCUGUGAAAACUUGUGCGGAAAUCCUCUACCUUGUGGUAAUCACUUUUGCACAAAAACUUGUCACCCCCUCAAGAAUCAAACGGUGCCAUCAGUCCGGCAAGCAAGAAGUGAGCCUUGUGAGAAGUGUCAACUUCCUUGCAAAAAGGAGAGGGAGCCUGCAUGUCCUCAUCCUUGCCCCUUGCCAUGUCAUCCUGGAGACUGCCCUCCUUGCAAGGUGCUUGUAAAGCGAUCGUGUCACUGUGGUUCCAUGGUUCAUGUUUUUGAGUGCAUAUAUUUUAACAGCUUGUCCGAAAAGGAGCAAAUGACUGCUCGUUCAUGUAAGGGGCCUUGUCACAGAAAGUUGCCGUAUUGUACUCAUCUGUGCCCAGAGAUUUGUCAUCCUGGUCAAUGUUCAUCACCCGAAAAGUGCUCUAAAAAGGUUACCGUCCGUUGUGGAUGCCAGAGCUUGAAAAAGGAGUGGUUAUGUCACAAUGUUCAGGCAGCCUAUCGCGAUGCUGGUUCUGAUCCCAAAGAUGUAUCUAAGAAUCAAUUUGGACUUGGACUCAUUCCUUGCAAUUCCGACUGCAAAAGCAAACAAAAGGUUAAUGAUUCAGAAUUACAGUUGCGUAGACCUAAAUCCGUGGAGGUGAAGGAAUCAGAUAAUGAUAGGCAAGGACCAAAGAGGAAGAAAAGGCGUGAGCGGGUGCAACAAGUGACUCAAACCUCAACACUGCAAAAAAUUAUUUCCAACGUGAAACGGUGUCUUCUAGUUUUCACCCUCCUGGUGGUUUUAGCUGCUGUAUCAUACUACGGAUACAAGGGUCUCCUCCGGCUUAAUGAUUGGAUGAAUGAAGUUGAAGAGAAUCGACAAAGAAGAUACCCUCGAAUCUAACCAAGGAAAAGCUCCAUGAAGGAUGUAGCCGGAAUUUUGGCCUUGUUUGUACUAAUAUGAGUCCUUCAAGCCGAUAAACUUGAUGAUCUCGACGACGCUGACAUUCAAACAGAAAUCGGAGUGAUGGCUCAUUUUCACAAGCUUGAUUUGGUCCUCUGUUGCUUAGGAAAUAAGAAUUACAAAGAGAAAAAUGAACCCUUCUUACAACAUGUGGAAUGUAUGUUGAACCUUUUUUUUGGUCAAAUUUGGGCAUCGGUUCUUGGAUGUUGAUUGAAUUGGAGCUUUGGCCAUUGAAUUAAGAAUCCGAUGCAAUGAAACUUCCAGUCCUUAUUGGCACUCUAAAA